GGAGGCGUGGUGGUGCAAGUAGUGGUAGUGGUGGUGUGUAGUGGUGCACAGAGCAGAUCUUGUAGUCUCAUCAGUGACUUUGGUCCUCAUGCAGGACUUGAGGACAAGAGGACCAUUCCUGACUGCACUGUAAAACCAGUCUGCUGCUUUGUAGGAGUCCCUGAAGAUCUGAUCCAGCAAAGACAAGAUGAGAGGAUUUAGGACUUGUUGCAUCUUUCUGCUGCUCCUGUUUUCUUCUUCUUGUUGCAGCAAGAUGAAUGUGCCUCGCCUCAGACUCUCCUACAAAGAUUUGCUGUCCACCAACAGGUCGUCCAUCUUCAGCGGUCAUCACGGACAACUCUCGCUGUCCGCCGUCUAUCUGGACGAGUACCGUGACCGUCUCUUCCUGGGGGGCAAAGACGUCAUGUACUCUCUCCUGCUAGGACCUGCACGCAGCGAGUCCAAAGAGAUCUAUUGGCCCCCGUUGCCUGGCAACAGAGAGGACUGCAUUCAAAGGGGGAAAGAACCACAGACGGAAUGCGCCAACUUUGUGCGUCUCCUGCAACCGUACAACCGCACUCACCUCCUGGCCUGCGGCACUGGAGCCUUCCACCCCAUGUGUAGCUUCAUCUACGUGGGACACAGAGGAGAGCAUGUCUUCACCAUGGACCCCAAGAAUGUGGAGAACGGACGGGGGAAGGUCCCUCACGACCCCAGCCUCCCGUUUGCCAGCACCUUCAGCGGUGGGGAGUUAUUUACGGGACUGACGGCGGACUUCUUGGGACGAGACUCUGUGAUCUUCAGAAGCUUGGGCGGUCGCUCCACCAUGAGGACGGAGACAGACCAUAAAAUCCUCCACGAUCCCGAGUUCGUGGCGGCUCACCUCAUCCCGGACAACGACGACAGAGACGAUGACAAAGUCUACUUUUUCUUCACGGAGAAAGCCACGGAGGCGGGCGACGAGGAGGAGGUCAUUCACACGCGUGUCGGACGAGUGUGUGCGAAUGACGUGGGAGGACAGAGAGUUCUGGUCAACAAGUGGAGCACCUUCAUCAAAGCCAGACUGGUUUGUUCUGUGCCAGGACCGCACGGCAUCGACACACACUUCAACCAACUUGAGGAUGUUUUCUUGCUCAGUACCAAGGACGAGAGAAACCCGGAUAUUUAUGCCAUCUUUAGCACUAUCAGUAAUGUGUUCCAGGGUUUUGCCGUGUGCGUUUAUCGCAUGGCCGACAUCAGAGAGGCCUUUAACGGGCCGUUUGCCCAUAAAGAGGGCCCGGACUACCAGUGGGGGGCCUAUGAGGGCCGUGUCCCUUACCCAAGACCAGGAGUGUGUCCGAGUAAAAUCACCAACCAGCCCGGCAGUGAGUUCGCCAGCACCAAAGACUUCCCCGACUCCGUGCUUCAGUUUGCCCGUGGCCACCCGCUUAUGUGGCGCCCGGUGCAGCCCGCCCUGCGCCAGCCAGUUCUGGUCAAGGCCAACGUUCCUUACAGGCUCAAGCAGAUCGUGGUGGACCGCGUGGAGGCCGAGGACGGCCAGUAUGACGUCAUGUUCAUCAGCACGGACGUUGGCAGUGUGUUGAAAGUCAUCGCACUGCAUGCUGGGAACAGCCUGGAAACAGAAGAGGUGACCCUGGAGGAGCUCCAAGUCUUCAAAGUGCCCACGCCGAUCACAUCGCUGGACAUAUCCGUGAAAAGACAAGCCCUGUACGUGGGCUCCGGGGCCGGCGUGGCCCAGGUGAAGCUGCAUCGCUGCCAGACCUAUGGGAAGGCGUGCGCCGAGUGCUGCCUGGCCAGAGACCCUUACUGCGCCUGGGACGGCGCCUCCUGCGCUCGAUACGUGCCCGGCAGCAAGCGCCGCUACCGCCGACAGGACAUCAGGCACGGGAACCCGGCGCUGCAAUGUCUGGACCAGAACUUUGGUGAGGACGUGGAGGAGACGGAGGAUCGUGUGGUCUACGGGGCGGAGAACAACAGCACCUUCCUGGAAUGUGUUCCUCGCUCCCCGCAAGCGUCUGUGGUCUGGUUGGUGCAAGGUGACGAGCGCCAGGAGGAGGUGAAGCUGGACGAUCGGGUCAUGUCCACAGACCAGGGCCUCCUCUUCCGUCGUCUCUUGAACCAGGACGCUGGCGUCUACAUUUGCAGAUCCAGAGAGUUCGGUUUCACCCAGACUCUAAGCCGGAUCACCCUGGAAGUCCUUCAAGGGGACACCCUGGACGAGCUGGUGGGGCAACGGGACAACGCCCGCCUCUCAGACCUCCUCAAGGACAGACCGGGCGCGGGAUACAGGAGCUGGAUGCCUUGCCAUUCCUUUGUCAGGCCGGGCCUCGUCGGCCAGUCCCGGUUGUGGUUCAAGGAUGUCAUGCAGAUGAUCGGACCGUCCAACCUGCCCCACGUGGAGGAGUACUGCGAGAGGAUGUGGUGCAACGAAAAGCUGAGGAGGAAGCACAAGGGCAUGGUGGAGAAGUACCGGCAGGCCCAGGAGAGCGCCAGGAAGGCUCGCAGCAAGAGUUCCGGGGAGAGAAACCGGACGCCGAGGGACCUUCGAGCAAGGGAGCAGUGAUGUAGACUAGAGUACGACAACUGAGACGGAACUGAAGGACCAGAAGAACUGGAUAUGUACAUGAACCGACUCUGGUAAAAUGAGGCGUGGUCUUUACGUUGUCUGGACAAAGACUUCUACUGUCCUGGACAUGAAGAUAAGGAGAGGACACACUUCAAAACCACUUGAAGAAACCUGAAGACUUUAGAAUCCACCACACAUCCAAGAAUCCCUGUUUUCUACCACGGUUGAACUGAUUCGAUUCACGACAUCAGAAUCUUAACCAAGUCCUAGUUUCACUUUGUAAACAACGAGUCUUGGAACCUGGACUUCGCUGAGCUACAAAAGUUCUUAGUCCGUUUGCGAAAACGGGAAACGUUGUGUUGAUGGUUCAGCGGAUAAAGGACUUGUGCGUUGAUUUCACUGCUGAGGCGGGAUGGGUACCAACUUUGGUACUGUUAUAGACCGCAGUCCCUCGGUACUACCGGGUGUCGAUUCAGGCAAAAUCAAAGGGCGCCAUAUUUCGCUACCUUUUGUUCCACGUGACGUCGCGUCCGGUUGCAGACUAAACACGAUUCACGUAAACGAUCAGUCAAGUAACGUUGCAUAUAUUUUAACACCAAGAAAGCAAGUAUGCUUGGUAAAGUAAGGCCCCACUCUUCCAAAAUGCACUAGCUUGACGCUAACUUAGAUUGGAUUUGCCAUAUAUGGGCUACUAUUAGCAUUAACGAUUUUACAUGGCGGUUUCCAUCCAACACCUCCAAAUUUGGUAAUGAAAACUACAACUAAGAUGAACAUUACAAUCAAACAGCUGGUGUGCAAUAAGCACAAUACUUACAGUACAAACACAUUGUAGGGCGCAACAUAACACAUUCAGCUUCAUGGAUGUAGCCUAUACAGUACUAGCGGUCCCUAAACCGGAAAUACGUCAUAAUGAUUUAUGAUCUCUACAUCACAUCCGGUCGCCAUUUUGUUUUGUAGUUUUUAAAGGAGCCACAAUUUUAUUUUACAGUUAUUUUUACCGGAAAUAAGUCAUAAUGAUUUAUGAUCUCUACGUCACAUUCGGUCGCCAUUUUGUUUUGUAGUUUUUGAGUAAUACUGAAUAGGCUGAAUAUGGUAUGUUGUCUAACUCGGAAGUAGCUUUUUCCACGAAGCUGAAUGUGUUAUGUCGCGCCUUACAAAGUGUUUGUACUGUACGAAAUUCAUCAUAAUGAUUUAUGGUCAAUUAUUUUUGUAGUUCGUAAGGGUUCCGCCAUUUUUGUCUGUAGUCCAACAUACGGGAUAUACGUCAUAGUGAUUUAUGAGCAAUGCAUCCGCCCACUGUUUUAGAAAUGUAUUGCGAAAUCUGUUUGGGAAAAGUUUGGUAUGCUGUACGCUAACAGUGGUGUCUUUCCCAAAAAGCUUGUUGUGGGUGGCCAUCUUGUUCAUUCCAGUCUUGUGUAGGUCUACAAUGGUGUGUUGACAGCUCUAGUAGAAAGUAGGGUAGGAAUACUCUCUUAAAGGGACAGGACACACAUGCUUGCAUCAAAUACAUAUUUCCCUCAAUCAAACCUUUAUUUAAUGUUAUUUUCGCAGGAUUUUAUACGAGCUUUCCCCUUCUGGACUGGGGGUAAAUGUACAAAAUCAGCAGGGGAUCUUGUACUGAUUUCUUUUUAUUUUUAUAGACAUGACAUCAUCAGAACUGUCCACAGUGGCGCCCUUGCACUCUUUGACUGACAGCUCGCGUCAAUGUGUCUUUAAAACAAAACAAAAAAUCCUAUCUGGAAGUCCUCCUGUGAAAUAAGUGUAUUUUAUAUGCAAUGUCACUUCAAAAAAAAAAAAAAAUCUUUCACACAUUUCUUUCUCUUUUCUUUCUAAGCCUUGAGCCCGUUUGACAGGCGCAGUGUUUGUUUUCCUUGUCUGGCGCGUGCUGAGGAGGACUAUUAGACCUCCAAUUAAGGUGUUUUCUCUGAAAACAUUGCUGGUGUAACAAAAUAAAAUAAAAGGCAGGAGGAUGGUGACAGGAAAAACAUGUGAUAUGUUUUUGAAUAGAACACGCCCUAAAACGCUGUCGUAAUUGUGCGGCAAUUGCUGAAAUAUGCGCCCUGUAGCUAUUUUACUUAGGGUUGGGUACCGAAUUCGGUACUUUUAUUGGUACAGACUGAGUACUAACUCACAUAAAAUCAAACGCUGACAUAUUUCGUUAACUUCCAUGCCAUCAAAACAAAGAAUCUCAAAGUAAGGGCUUUUCAAAAUGUGCUAGCUUGAUGUGCCAUAUACAUGCUACCAAUUAGCAUUAGUGGUUUUAACAGUGUUACAAUCAAGCUGGUGUGUGGUAAAUACAAUACUUACAGUACAAACACCUUGUAGCACUCCACAAAAGACAAAAAAAUUAAUGGCAAAGACAACUUUCAGACUACAGCAACUGCAUGCAAAGUCUUCUAUGUAAUACUUGCAAAUGAAACUCAGAAGUGUAAGGAAACAAAAUAUAACACCCAGACAGUACAGUUAUUCUCAUUAGAUCACUGUUAAAUGUUGAACAAUUAUGUUAACAAAUUAACAUUUAUUACGUACAAAAGUACAGAGAACUGGUUCAAAUGGGAUAAUUCCACUAUUUGUAGUCUUCGAGGAUUUUUUAAAAAAAUUUUGCUACCAUGUUUCUAUUCUGACACCCUCAAAAAUUGUCAUGGUGUUACUGAUUUAUGAUUUAUUUUAUUCUCUUUUGGAUUGAAAUGUGAGACCAGCAGGUGGCGCCACACCCGCUAAGGGCAAGCCCGCUUUCGCCAAUCAGAUGCCCAGAAUAAAGCAAUUUCCGGUAACGUGACUCAAAGAACAUGAUCGGUAUAAAUAUCUAUUUUCACAGUAAAGUUGUAAUUUAAUUUUUUUUUUUAAGAGAGACGGGCCUAAUAAAUCUGUUUGUAUUAUAUGGGUACACGGAAAAAAAUUUUUUUACAGCCCUUUUCAAAAAGUGUGUUAAAUUAAUUCAGUCUGUAUUCACUUGCAAUUGUAAACAGUGUGUCAUUACGUCAUCACGUUUUUGCGCCGCUUGGUCACGUGACCGAGCAGGUCCAAUCACCGCAUUACAUAAACCGGUAGUAAAAGUCCACAGGAGCAGUGUUGUAAUUUGCUGCAGGUGUGUGUCUAAAUUGUUUCAUGUUUUCACAAUUUUUCACUCCAACUAAAUGUUUCGAAUGUCGAUGUCUACGAAUCCCGACCAGAGCCCGAAACGCGUCGAAAGAGAUGUUUAUUGACUUAAACCACGCAAUUGGUGAGUCUGUCAAUCUCCAUUCAUUUGUAUGCAUUUGCUUAGCUCGCCGCGUCCAUUGGGUUAACAUGGAGAUAUUAGCAUUGGACUUUAAGCCACUUUUCACGAAAUAUGUUCCACUAACUCAAAUGGAAUCAAUAUGGAAUGUUGUGCAAAAUGUCCGAUACAACUUAAGAGUGUUUUUAAUAAUAAUGUCCACUUGUUUUAUUCAAUCUAUGCUUCCUCUUUUAACUUCAAUCAAUCAAUCAAUCAAUCAAUGUUUAUUUAUAUAGCCCUAAAUCACAAGUGUCUCAAAGGGCUGCACAAGCCACAACGACAUCCUCGGUACAGAGCCCACAUACGGGCAAGGAAAAACUCACCCCAGUGGGACGUCGGUGAAUGACUAUGAGAAACCUUGGAGAGGACCGCAUAUGUGGGUAAUCCCCCCCCCCACCUCUAGGGGAGACCGAAAGCAAUGGAUGUCGAGUGGGUCUGACAUAACAUUGUGAAAGUCCAGUCCACAGUGGAUCCAACACAUCAGCGAGAGUCCAGUCCAUAGUGGGGCCACCAGGAAACCAUCCCGAGCGGGGACGGGUCAGCAGCGCAGAGAUGUCCCCAACCGAUGCACAGGCUAGUGGUCCACCCAGGGUCCCGACUCUGGACAGCCAGCACUUCA